AUGUCAGGAACGCUGCCAGAGAGAUUCGAUGACCUCCCAGACAAGCGACGAUUCUGGCCAGCACCAGCAGGAACUCAAGAUGAAGGGUUGGGGAUGCUCCGUAUUCUCACGCCGGACGUUGUGGCAGAUGCAGCUCGUACACAGAUUCAGACGGGGGAGCGAGUGUGUUUGAAUUGGGCUCUUGAGGAGUUGAACCCGCCAGGAUUCGGCCGUAAACGCUUCGAACAUCACAUCAAAUGGGUCGCCCCCGACAACGCCUUCGACGAUGAAUACCACUUCAACCCCCAACAAUCCUCCCAAUGGGAUGGUCUCCGGCACCACAAUGCCCCAGCACCCGACGGACAGACAAAAGUAUUCUACGGCGGCACAACGGCAGCGGAAAUCCAAGACACCAAUAACUCACGUAUCGGAAUCGGACACUGGGCGAAGAAAGGCAUCGCAGGCCGGGGCGUCCUAAUUGACUACCUCUCCUGGGCAGAGAAAAACGGAAUCAGUGUCAACGCUCUUGAACAACACACCGUUUUCCUCGACGAUGUGCUGGCAAUCGCCCGCGAAUGCAACAUCAGCUUCCAAAGAGGCGACAUCUUCUUCCUCCGCGUCGGCCUAACGAAGACCUGGGAGAAGAUGAACGAUGACGAGAAAAUGGCCUACAGUCUCCAGCGCACUCCCAAGCACGCGGGUAUUGAACAGAGUGAGCGUGUGCUGCGAUUUGUAUGGGAUAACCACUUUGCAGCUGUUGCUUCGGAUGCGGUUAGUUUUGAGGUUUUCCCGCCGCUGCAACCGGAGUUCGAUCUUCAUCAUCAUCUAUUGGCCGGUUGGGGACUACCAAUUGGGGAAAUGUUUGACUUGGAGGAGUUGGCGGGGAUCUGUAAGACGUUGGGGAGGUGGACUUUCUUUGUGUCGAGUAGUCCGUUAAAUUGUGCGAAUGGGGUGUCGAGUCCGCCGAAUUGUAUGGCUAUUUUUUAA